AUGUCAGACAAAUCUUUCCAAGGCAAAGUCAUUGCUCUCACCGGCGGUGGCCAAGGAAUUGGAUUGGCCACGGCGAGGAUACUUGCCAGCAGAGGUGCAAUCGUGUCUCUCGCUGACAGCAACCCAGCAACUCUUGCUGAAGUGGAGAAGGAGUUCAAAGGGAAAGGCUGGCCGGUGCAUGUCGAGGUGGUUGACGUUAGGAAACGGGAUAGCGUCGACAAUUGGAUCAACACCACGGUAGGGAAAUUUGGACGACUUGAUGGCGCCGCCAACAUUGCUGGGACCGUGGGGAAACAAUUGUUCAAAGCGCCAGUGGCCGAGAUAGACGACAACGAUUGGAAUCUGGUCAUGGGUGUCAAUGUAACUGGAACGAUGAAUUGUCUGCGUGCCGAGCUGAAUCACUUGGUAGACGGAGGAAGCAUAGUCAACAUCUCGUCAACGCAUGGCUCAAAGGGGGAUCCGGGCUGUAGCGCCUAUGUGACCUCCAAGCACGCCGUCAUUGGACUCACCAAGUGUGCAGCUAGAGACUAUGGAGGCCGUGGGAUCAGAGUCAAUACGGUCGCCCCUGGGGGAACAAAGACACCUCUUAUGAAGAACGUUGUCGGAGACACGCCCCCACCUGCAACUUCGGCACUGAAGCGAUAUGGGGAACCUGAAGAAAUUGGUCAUCUCAUAAUAUGGCUUCUGGGCCCCGAGAGCAGUUUCUGUACGGGUGAACUCUAUCGCUGCGAUGGUGGCGAGUUUUGCUAG